ACAAGUCCGUUGUCCGUUCCGUUCCUCAUGAUUCCGCCUUUCAGUUUUGUUGAUGCUCUCGCGGUGCACGGACGACGCGGUCGCGCGGAAGUAAACAACCUUGACUGAAAACCGAAUGAGUUAAACAAACGUUGAGAUUUUGUUAGUGAUGAUUGUGUGGUGACCAUGGCGAAUUUGUGUAGUUGGGGAGUGUGGGGUUUAUUGGUGCUUCUCUCUAUCCAGUGCAUCAGAACUCACGAUGUGGAUACCGUCAGUAAAGGCUCAGCUCACCCUGCCCCAGACUUCAGAACACACACAAUCAUCAAACCAACAUAUUAUCAUGUCAGAGACAAGAGAGAGAUAUCAACAACGAGAGAAGAGACUGGAAAUAAGCACCUUCAUGACUUACUGAUAGAACUAAAUCUUGGAGGAGAGGAACACAUCCUGGAACUAAAGUUAAACAGGGAACUAUUGACUGGAAAUUAUUUUCAAAAACAUCAAGAAAAUGGGACAAACAAAAUCCAUAGACCCACGCCAGAGGAAGUAGAUCUGUGUCAGUAUCAGGGGCAUUUGAAAGGAAUUCAAGAUUCGUGGGCUGCUGUAUCAACAUGCAAUGGUCUCAGAGGAGUAGUGUUUGAUGGAAAUGAACUCCAUUAUUUGGAACCUAGUCCCUCAAAGUUUCUAAAAGCCUCCCACAAUAAAAAAGAACUUGGAGAAAUUUAUCAUUACAAACACUCAGAUAUUGUUGAAACUAAUCACACAUGUGGCUAUGAAGGAACUCCACACAAAGUAUUACAGAAUGAACACAUUACUCAGUUGCACAGGUUGAAACGUAGUGCAGACUCUCAAGCUGAUGAUGGCAUUACUGAAAUACGUGGCCCUUACAAUGCAAACAAAAAGACAAGAUAUGUAGAGUUGGUGCUUGUUGUUGAUCACAAAGAGUUCCUAGAACUUGAUUCUAGUAAAGAAAAAGUCUAUCAGCACUGCAAGGACAUUGCCAACAUUAUAAACGCUCUCUACAUGCCUUUAAAUAUUUUUAUAGCACUAAUUGGUGUUGUUGUUUGGUCUGAAUAUGAUGAUAUUUCAUUGGUUUCAAAUGGAGACACAACCUUGACAAACUUCUUACAUUAUAGAAGAGAGAGGCUUGUGAAAGAACAUCCUAAUGAUAACGCGCAACUUUUAACGCGUAUCCAAUUUGACAAUGGAGUUCUGGGGAAAGCAUUAAAGGGGCCAAUUUGUACCUUUGAAUUCUCUGGUGGUGUCAAUAUGGAUCACAGUAAUGUUGUUGGUCUGGUUGCCUCUACUGUGGCUCAUGAAAUGGGGCAUAACUUUGGUAUGGAACACGAUUCAAGUGAUUGUAUCUGUCCAAGUGAAAGAUGCAUCAUGUCACCAUCUUCUAGCGCUCUGAGCCCCACUCAGUGGAGUAGUUGUAGUGAAAAGUAUCUUUUACUUGCAUUUCAUCAUGGGAUGGACUAUUGUCUUCACAAUAAACCAACAAAGUUAUUUGGAAGUCCUGUUUGUGGAAAUGGAUUUGUUGAGCAUGGAGAACAAUGUGACUGUGGAUUAGAGAGUCAUUGCACAAAUCCAUGCUGCAAUGCUACAACAUGUAUGUUACAUGCCAACGCCUCCUGUGCAACAGGAGAGUGUUGUGAUUUUGGAACCUGCCGCCCGAAAGCAGCAGGAAGUGUUUGCCGUAGUGCAGAUCAAGAAUGUGACUUACCAGAAUUUUGCACUGGAAGAAGUGAAUAUUGCCCUAUAGAUGUGUUUAAAAUGGACGGAGAAUCGUGUAAUCAUGGCAAGGCAUUCUGCUACAAAGGAAUGUGCAGAACACGUUCAGACCAAUGCAAGUUACUUUGGGGCCCAUCAGGAAAAAGUUCUGACACCCAAUGCUAUAAAAUGAAUAUUAAAGGCACAAGACAUGGAAACUGCGGUUUCAACCGACUGAACCAGUCCUAUGUUAAAUGUGUAGAUGACAAUAUUUACUGUGGCAUGCUGCAUUGCAAACAUCUUAAUGAAAGACUUGAAUUUGGAAUGGAAUCAGUAUCAAUUUUGUCCCAUUCAUUUAUUAAUUCUGGUGGCAGUAUUAUUCCUUGCCGGACAGCAAUUGUUGAUUUGGGAUUGAAUGAAGUUGAUCCUGGACUUGCACCUGAUGGAUCUAAAUGUGGUGAAGAUAAGAUGUGUGUGAAUCAGAAAUGUAUGGCUGUUAGCUCGUUGAGAGCAGGAAGUGUAGUAGGUGACUGUCCACAGAACUGUAAUGGCAAUGGUGUAUGCAACAGUAAAGGCCAUUGCCAUUGCAAUCCAGGAUUUGCUCCACCUUUCUGUGACUAUCCUGGUACAGGAGGAAGUGAAGACAGUGGACCUGCAACUGAUCCAAACGCUGGGCGAAAAUUUGUCACUGCAUUAUAUAUAAUUUUCCUGGGAAUUGUGCCUUUUGUGGCUAUGAUGGCCCUCUUGAUGUACUACACUCGACCGCUUGUUAAGCAUUGGUGGAAAAAACCAAGCAAUAUUGCUGUAAAUGGAACUCGCCACACAACGUAUGUACCCAAAUCUGCUUCUGCAUGCUGCAUGUCCAUUGGGAGGUGGACUAGACAACUGAGCUGCUCUGGCUCUUGCAGAAAACCUGGUGGUCAGAACAGAACUGGCAGAGGUAAUUCUUUAGCAUUCCACAGCUUAGAUCGGAGUGGUGGACCGAAAAUAAACGGAUCUGCUGGUUUGCGGGAUGUAUCAAGCCCCAUCUCUGAUAGCACUCAUGCAUCUUUGCUACCGCGAGCUGUAACCCCAGUUAACUCACCAUCUUCAAGUAAUGAUGGAAGUCCUGUGGCUAACCUUCAGAUCAGUCUCAUUGGACAAUUCAAAGGUUUCAGUAUUACUCCAAUGGGCCGGUAUUCAGAAGACCCAGUUCAAGGUGCUGCAGCUCCACCAAUCACCACCAAACCAGCUCCACCAUCCCCUGCCCAAUCAGGUUUACGCAAAGCUCCUGCACCACCAUCUCUUCCUUCAGCAUCCUUAAACGCUCCAUCCAGACCAGUUCCUUCUAAAUCUCAUGGUCUUAACAAGAUGCGGUCAAAUGCCUCUUUAGUCAGCGCAGUUUCUUCUGUUAACAACUCAUCUAUAGCUCCUGCCCUACCACCUGCAAAUGCUCAAGCUUCAGGGCGACCUCUGAUCAGCAGUCCUAUAUUAGAUGCCACUACAUCUUCUACAGCCAGAGAUUUAGUUGAUGGCUCUCAUAUGAAUACUGCACCUUCUACGUCUGCUCCUAUUCGACCAGCUCCGUCAGUUCCAGUUACUGAUGACAAACUGUCACAUCCACAUGCAAUAUCUACAGUGCAAGAUGUACAUGUAACAAUCAAUACUGAGAAAGCCAUUAGUUCUAAACAGCCUCAGUAUCCUACACUAACCAAACUUGCAUCAAUGUUGCGGCCUUCAACAUCAUUCAGAACUCAAGAAAAACGUGAAGAUUCUCAAAAUGUGAAAGCAGGAAAGCUACUUGGCAAAGAUAAGUUACGCUCCCUGCAAAUAUCGAAUCCAAUACCACAACAGGAAAUUGAAAUACCCAAUGCUGUACCAGUUCAAGGCAAUCAGCCUGUUGUAAUGCGGGCCCAAAGUAUGCGCGCGGGAGCCAAUUCCAAGCGACCUUCUAUUCAGUCCUUUGGUUCUAUGAGACAACCUGGCAAACGGCCUCCAAGUGUUGCAUCUGGUAAUCUUCACAGACCUACCUCACCACCACCUCCAAGGCCACCUCCUCUUCCAGAGUUUACUUCUAAAGAGACAGGAAUCAUUGGACUUCCAGGGUAUCAAAACCCUCCAGAAGCCAUGGUGAAUAAAUUGCCAUCUGAUUACUCAUAUGACGACUGUCUGAAUGUCGUCGGGGAUGUACCACUUGCGCAUAUUGAUGAAGAAAGUAGCCCAACCAGUGGGGACAAUAUUUAUGCAGUUAUUGAGGAGUCACCCGAAAAUGGUGGACGGAACCGUGUGAACUUUGCAUUAAAGUCUGACUCAUCCACUGGUGAUGAUGUUCCAGAAUAUAUUUCACCCACAGCAAGCAUUUACAAGACUCCUAUUACAUCUCCAACUACUAUUCAAUCAGCAGGUAGUAGUGAGUCAAUGGGUCUCCUGGGUGAAAUUGUUUCUGCUAUUCAAGCAAGAAAUACUGAGUCUAUUUAUUCGUCAUCUUCUAUUCCCCCUAAGAAAUCUGAUGAUGACACUACUGUCUCUGAAAAGCUAGACAGUGAUCCAAGCAUAGUUCCAUCAAAAAGUGAAACAAAUUACUUAAGGGCACCCUACUCUACUUCAACUUCUAGCAGUGGUUAUUUAAGUCCAAAUGUAACAAAUUCUGGACUCAAGAUGGUUGGUAGUGUUGUCAAUACCCUUCAGAGUCCCUUGACAGCUGCACCAGCAGCCAUUACAACAACUACUACCUCAACAACUACUGCCUCUACAGGAAAUUCAUAUAAAUCAUAUGGCACUUCUCUCAGAACAAGAGGCCCCUUGGCAAGCACAUUCUCCAGGCCAAAUGUAACAUCUAUUUCUGCCCCUACACCUCCCCCUGCAUCACAAAAACCUCAGCUUUUAACCAAAAAGCCUGUCAAGAUUGGUAAUGUAAAUUCUUCUCAAGAGUCUAAUGAAAGUACAGCCAAAGAGAAGACCUCACUAACAAGUACUAGUCCUGAUGUAGUUUCUAGCUGUUCAUCAUCAGCUGAUACAUCUUCACCAGAUGUCAUUAGUCCUGCAAGUGUAGGGAAAGGUGUACAACUCCCCAGUGAAACACCCUCUGAGCAAAUUACAACAAUAUCUAAACCAAUUGGUAAAGGGCCUACUGGUUUAAGAUCAACCAGCGUCCGCCCACCCAUUAGUGCUAUAAAACCAAGUUUAGAUGUUAGUGGGUCAAAUGCCACAACCUUACAAUCUAGAGCUGCUGCGAGUAAAAUUUCAAAUGUUGCAUCACUACAACAGAAGUUUGAAACAGGCUCAGCAAAAGCACCGCCAGCAGUCAAACCUAGAGUACCACCUUCAAAACCAACUUUACCCUCAAAUAAAUAAUGUUUAAGAUUUCUGUCUAUUAGAAUGUUGUUGCCUUUAGUUACCUCUAGCAUACAAGUUGACAAUUUAGUGUCAUGGUUCAUUGUGAUAAUGUCUUUUUGCUCAGUGCUUGGGCAGUCCUGUUAUUAGUCAAGUCAACUCAAGUGUUGCCCCAGCUUUGAUGAAUGAAGGCGCUACUCGUCUUUUCCUCAUAAUUGGCGAAACAAAUUGGUUACAUAGUUUACUCGUAUGUAUAUUAGAUUUUUCAUGACAAUUUCUUUUGAAAAAUAGAUUGGCAUUCCUUAUGAAGACUUAUCAAUGUUCAGGAUAAGUGCUGACUCAAAAAAGUUCACAGAAAUGCUCAUUUUACAAAGUCUUCACAGGGGGAUGCAUUUUGUAAUUUUAUUGUAUAUACUAUUUAUUUACCUUGUAUGGUAUGAAAUUUUCUUUAUUCUAGAGAAACUAUUUUUGCAUCAUUGGUGUGAAGUGUAUCAUAUAUGUAUAGUUAGGAAUGAUUAGGAAUGAAUCAAUGUUCUUUUGUUUAUAGUCUGUUUUAUAGUGCAUCAAUUUGUAUGUAGAGCCAAGUAGUUAUAUGGGAAUCAACCACAUGCUCAAUGUGAUUAUGUAUUGUUGGAAUUUGAAUUUGAUUCUAGAUUGUUCAAGCAGUUUAAUGACAAAGUUCUUAGUCUGACUUAUUGUACCAUUUUUCUUUUUCAAAUUUUACCAUUUUUCUUUUUCAAAUUUUAUCUGCCAUUAUGGUUUAUGUAUUUAAAUUGCAAAUUAUGUUGUUUUAUUCCAUGGAAAAAUUGUCACAGCUGAUUUAAAAAUUUGUAUUGCUCACAAUCUCUGCUUAAUGUUGUUGUACACAUACUUAAUUGAACUGAUGUUAAACCUUUUGUUGACUGAUCUGUUUUUCUACUUAAUGAACAACACUUAUGUUUUAAUUUUGGUGCUGACUUCUGUUUUUAUAUCCUGUCUGUCAAUAGUACAGCUUAAACCUUUUAAUCUAAAUCAGUAAACAAAAGUUUAAGUUGUGAUAGAGUUUACAGGGAUUGAAUUACUGAUGUUACAUCAUUGAUUACUCUAAAGUGGUUAAAGGUAUUUCUCCAUUUUGCAUUUUCAUACUUCGUGUACAGCACUCAUGUUACUUACGUAUUACAUGUGUGUGCUUCACUAGCUUUCAAAUUCUCUGAACUCCUCUUUAGCUAUUCACAACAUUUCAUGUCAGAAUGCAUAUUGUUAUUUUUCCUAAAAAUCUUUAUUUUAAUUUUUUAUAUGACUGUUUUUUGAAACAUUUUGAUUGUUGUUCAAAAUUUAUCCUGUAAGUCUCAUCAGUGGCAGCUUUUACUCUUAAGGAAUCUUGUGAUAGGCAUUGUAGCCCUUAUAAAUUAUCAUUUAUUUAUGACGUCUUGAAAAUGUUGUUAGUGUUAUUGUAGAUAGAUCAUUUUUUAUUAACUAUAAUGUGAUGUCUUGAAUGUUUUUCUAUUUACAAACACUAAUGUGAGAUAAAUUUUCUUAACGGAAUAAUAUCUCUCGACCUUUUGUAAGAUAUGACUUUGUACUGUUGGUUUAUGUUGCAGUGCAUAUGAUUCGAAUAUGCAUAGUUUUUUGUAAAUCAAGAUAUGUUUCACCCUAUCUUUGAUCUCUCAACUUGAAGGUGAUUACUCUCUACUGCCUCUACUACCUAAUUGUCUGUACUUGACACACUAGUGUCAUUCAUGAACUUGCCCACACAUUAUUUGAUCAAGACUUUAUAUUAUUGAGAAGCCAAAGACCUCUUUUUUAUUACUCAAAUAAAUAUUGCAUCAUGUGUGCAUUCUGCUAA